AUGAUAUCCCCUAAUACUCAGAAGGAUCUUAUCCGUGCUUGCACUAUGGAGACCACUAAUGCUAUUCUCCAUGAGCUAGGGGAUGAAUUCUUAGCUAUUUUACUUGAUGAAUCUCAUGAUGUUUCGGUUAAGGAACAAAUGGCAGUUGCUCUAAGAUUUGUUAAUUCGGAAGGGUGUGUUGUUGAGCAUUUUCUUGGCAUUGUUCAUGUUAGUGACACUAGCGCUUCUUCACUAAAAACAGCUAUUCAGUUUCUUUUUUUGAAGCAUAAUUUGAGCUUGUCUAAAGGGCGGGUGCAAGGCUAUGAUGGUGCAAGUAACAUGCGAGGGGAAUUUAAUGGACUCAAAACUUUGAUCAUGCAAGAGAAUUCUUCUGCUUAUUAUGUUCAUUGUUUUGCUCAUCAACUUCAACUAGCUCUUGUUGCCGUGGCAAAAAAGAAACCGCAACUUGCUGCAUUUUUCAACUCAGUGACUAUUAUAGCUACUCUUGUUGGAGUUUCAUGCAAGCGUAGAGAUCUUCUUCGAGAGAAGCAACAAAACAGAGUCUUGGAAGCAUUUGAAAUUGGUGAAUUCUCAAUGGGUAAGGGUUCAAAUCAAGAGAUAAGUCUUCAAAGAGGAGGUGAUACAUGUUGGGGAUCUCAUUAUAGGUUAUUGAUAAGUUUGGUUGUCAUGUUCUCAUCGGUUAUGGAAGUUUUCCAAAUCAUUGAGAAAGAUUGCUCAACUGUAGAACAGAGAGGUGAAGCAUUUUCCUUAUUGAAUGUUAUGCCAACUUUUGAAUUUGUGUUCAUCUUGCACUUGAUGAAAACUAUUUUGCGAAUCAUGAAUGAGUUGUCUCUAGCAUUGCAAAUGAAAGAUCAAGAUAUUGUGAAUGCUAUGGUUUUGAUUGAAGUGGCAAAGCAACGUUUGCAAGAGAUGCGGGAUGAAGGAUGA